CGGCAAGUGAAGGCUCGCUCGGCCUCGCCCUCUAGCGCCCUUCUGGAGAAGCGCCACCCCGGGCUCCGGGAGGCGCGGCUGCGCGCCAUGGGGUCCACCAGCGUCCCGCUGGUCAAGGCCCUGCGCAGUCCCGUCUCCGACUACGUCAACUACGAUAUCAUCGUCCGGCACUAUAACUACACGGGCAAGCUGAACACCAGCGCGGACAAGGAGAAUGGCAUUAAAAUGAGCUCGGUGGUGUUCAUCCUCAUCUGCUGCUUUAUCAUCCUAGAGAACAUCUUCGUCUUGCUGACCAUUUGGAAAACCAAGAAGUUCCACCGACCUAUGUACUAUUUCAUCGGCAACCUGGCCCUGUCUGACCUGUUGGCGGGGGUGGCCUACACGGCCAACCUGCUCUUGUCUGGCGCCACCACCUACAAGCUCACCCCCGCUCAGUGGUUCCUGCGGGAGGGGAGCAUGUUCGUGGCCUUGUCGGCCUCCGUGUUCAGCCUCCUGGCCAUCGCCAUCGAGCGCUACAUCACGAUGCUGAAGAUGAAACUCCACAACGGGAGCAACAGCUUCCGCUCCUUCCUGCUCAUCAGCGCCUGCUGGGUCAUCUCCCUGGUCCUGGGCGGCCUGCCCAUCAUGGGCUGGAACUGCAUCGGCGCGCUGGCCAGCUGCUCCACCGUGCUGCCGCUCUACCACAAGCACUAUAUCCUCUUCUGCACCACCGUCUUCACGCUGCUCCUGCUCGCCAUCGUCAUCCUGUACUGCAGGAUCUACUCCCUGGUCAGGACGCGGAGCCGCCGCCUGACCUUCCGCAAGAACAUCUCCAAGGCCAGCCGCAGCUCCGAGAAGUCGCUGGCCCUGCUCAAGACCGUCAUUAUCGUCCUGAGCGUCUUCAUCGCCUGCUGGGCGCCGCUCUUCAUCCUGCUGCUGCUGGACGUGGGCUGCAAGGUGAAGACGUGCGACAUCCUCUUCAGAGCCGAGUACUUCCUGGUGCUGGCCGUGCUCAACUCGGGCACCAACCCCAUCAUCUACACCCUCACCAACAAGGAGAUGCGCCGGGCCUUCAUCCGGAUCCUGUCCUGCUGCAAGUGCCCGGGCGGGGACCCCGCGGGCAAGUUCAAGCGGCCCAUCAUCGCCGGCGUGGAGUUCAGCCGCAGUAAGUCGGACAACUCCUCCCACCCGCAGAAGGACGAUGGGGACAACCCGGAGACCGUUAUGUCCUCUGGAAAUGUCAACUCUUCUUCCUAGAACUGAAAGCCGCCGACCCAUGGGGGAGAGUUCUUGCGUGGUCACCCACCACCACCCAGGGUUUGGGGGAAAAAAUGGAAAAAAAAAAUCUCUGUCUCCACUGCUGCUGGGGAGGAGCCGCUGGGAGCCAGAGGGAGGGCGGGCAGGCCCGGGGGUGCCGGGGUGUUGGUGGCUUAGUUCCUGUGAACAAUGCACUGGGAAGGGUGGAGACCCGGCCCUGGCCUGGAAGCUGUUUCCUACCCCCCGCCCCGGAGCUUUGAUUUUGCACUGAGCCAAAGGUCUAGCAUCGUCAAGCUCCUGAAGGGUUCCCAGUGUGGCCCUGGUCCCGGUGUGAAAGCAUCUGUCGGGAGCUUUGAGGAGAUGUUUUCCUUCACCUUAGUUUCCAGCCCAAGUGAUUGUGUGCACUUCUGCUGCCCUGGGUAUGCUCUGCGUAUCCCACCCUCCCUUGCCCGCCCUUCAGACCCCUCCUCAAAAUUCUCUUACUUUCCAUCUGAACUACCUGGCCUUCAUCAGAGCUGGGGGAGCUGGGGGUAGGUGGUAUAGUCCACUUCUGGGGGGUCUGUAGCAGGUAGCCUGUGUCCAGGACGUAGACUGUGAGGGAUGGAGAUGGUUUGGAGAUGUAAAGCCGUUUUAUUUGCUGAGGCCAAAGUUUCCAGAUCAGUUUUGGGGAAUUUCAUUAAAGUCACUUUGAUUUCUUUUUUUUUUUUUUUUUUUUUCCCUUUCACAACAUGACAAUGAAAUGUGUGAUAGCAGCAUCAUUAUCCAUGGUGGCUGAAAUCUGCCUAAAGAAGUCCAGUUUAUCUACAGUAUGGUAUCCGGCAGGGUCCUUAGUGUCCCAGGAGGAACAAACUAGCAAAACGAGGUGAAAACUGACGGGGAGUGGUGGUGACUGUAAACCAAGAGAGAUUUCUUAAUGGAUCUGUCUAAUGAAUACAACAUCUGUCUUUGGCACUUUUGUUGAUGUUUAUUUCAGAGUGUUGUGUGACUUAGUUCAACGAACAGGAUGGUUGUAUUUUGUUGUGUUAAAAGUACUUUCUGUGAUU